GGCAGAUCAUAUAUGUGAAGCUCUCCACAGCCUUGACAGACUUCACAUCUCCAGCGGCACAGAAACACACCCGUCAGCAGCGCGCACUGGAAGGACAAAGGAAAUAUGGAUACGCUGGAGAGGAUCCACCUCAGCCCGUGCACACUAUGGAUGAGACGCGUGUGUUUCAUUCACCGGGAGAUCAAUUAGUCCUCCUUAAUGAGGUGCUGGGAUGCAAGAUACUGCAAGCUAAAGAGGCGGAAGGCUGCGUUUAAUGCGUCUGCGGAUCCUUUGAGCUUGCAAUGGCUGUAACGGGGAAAUGCAUCUGGAUUGGGAAUAAUGUGCCUUUUUAUUUUGUGAUAUUUUCCUUAUUUUGUGGCCUUUCAUUCGGGCAAUUGCGAUACUCUAUUUCUGAAGAACUAGAAAAUGGGGCACUGGUCGGUGAUCUGGCGCAUGACUUGGGGCUGGAUAUUCGCAAGCUCUCCACUCGAAAAAUUAAGAUAACCUCCAACAGCGGGAAGCGCUACGUGAUUGUCAAUCCCAAAAAUGGGAAAUUACUUGUCAACGACAGGAUCGACAGAGAGGCACUGUGCGAUACGUCCAGCACCUGUCUCAUUAAUCUGGAGGUGCUCAUCGAAAACCCCACUGAGGUGCACCACGUCGAGGUGGAUGUAGUGGACACCAAUGAUAAUGCGCCUCAGUUCCCCAGCGACGAAUAUCAACUGGAAAUCACAGAGUCUUCGUUACCAGGCUCUCGUUACCAAAUCGAAUUAGCCCAGGAUCCAGACAUUGGGUCCAAUUCAGUUCGUAUGUAUCAGCUCAGCACAAAUGACCAUUUUGCGCUUGUAUCCAACAAACCCUCCAUAAAUAUAAAGCACAUUGAGCUUGUGCUCAAAAAGCCCCUUGAUCGGGAGCAGACACCUUAUCACCAGUUGAUUUUAAGUGCUGUGGAUGGUGGGACACCAGAGAAAUCGGGAUCUGCUAAAAUCAACAUCCGUGUCCUCGAUUCAAAUGACAAUGUUCCCAUGUUUGACAGCUCUGUGUACAAGGUGAAACUGCUGGAAAAUUCACCCAAAGACACCUUGGUCAUUAAAUUGAAUGCCACUGAUCUGGAUGAGGGCAAAAAUGGGGAGGUUUAUUACUCAUUCAGCAGCUAUACUCCAGAGAGAGUGAGGCAGAUGUUCAGCAUGGACACUAAUUCAGGAGAAAUAAGAGUGAGGAACAAUGUUGACUAUGAGGAGACCAACUCCUAUGAGAUGUACAUCCAGGCAAUGGAUAAGGGACCUGGGGCCGUGGCAGCACACUGCAAGGUAGUGGUAGAAGUGGUGGAUGUGAACGACAAUGUACCUCAGAUCGUGCUGUCAUCCUUAUCGAGCCCUGUGAGGGAGGACGCCCGUGCAGACACGGUAGUUGCCCUCAUUAGUGUCACCGAUCGAGACUCUGGCACCAACAAGCAGGUGAGCCUGGAGAUCCCUGCAGGCCUUCCUUUCAAGAUCAAGUCAUUCAGAAAUUACUACACUCUGGUUACCUCAGCCUUCCUGGACCGCGAGACCGUUGAUGCCUACAAUGUCACUCUGAGUGCCACAGAUGGAGGAAAUCCUCCUCUCUCCUCCCAGAAGACCAUACACGUGGACGUGGCUGAUGUUAAUGACAACCCACCACGAUUUGAGCAGACUUCGUACACAGUCUACGUGGGUGAGAACAAUGCCCCUGGGGCCUCUUUGUGUACUGUGAAAGCUCAAGACGCAGACAUCAAGGAGAAUGCACGCAUCACCUACACAGUGCUCAAUGACAACAACCACGGCAUCCCUGUCACCUCCUAUGUGUCUGUGAAGGCCGAUACCGGGGAGGCUUAUGCCCUGCGAGCCUUCGACUAUGAGUCUCUAAGGGAGUUUCACUUCCAGGUCAAAGCCCAAGAUGGGGGCAUUCCUCCACUCAGCCGCGUUGCCACAGUCUACAUCUAUAUAAUGGAUCAGAAUGACCAUGCACCACUGAUAGUCAAACCUCCUGGCAACGGCACGCGCUCGUUGGAGACGGUGCAAAAGAAUGCAGAGCCUGGUGCCUUGGUGACCAAAGUAGUAGCAUAUGACGCCGAUGCCGGUCCUAACGCCUGGAUGGUGUACAUGUUGGAGACGGCCACUGACCUGGACUUGUUCAAGGUCCAUGAACACACCGGCGAGAUCAGAACCACGCGCAGGAUCCUGGAGGACAACUCCACCUCGUUUGCUCUAACUGUCCUAGUGAAAGACCAUGGGCAGCCAGCUCUCUCGUCCACCGCCACCAUCAACGUGGCUGUCAUGGAGGUGCCACCCAAAGUGGUUCCUGACCCAAAGAAGAUCGUGCGACCUCACAGCACACUGCUGUUCUCCAACGUGACCCUCUACUUGAUUGUGGCUUUGAGCGCCACCACCUUUGUUUUCCUGGUCACUGUGGUGGUGCUGGCUAUUGUCCGCUGUCACGCAUACUGCACCCAGCCAGGUUCUUGCUCCCCUUGCUGUGUGUCACAGAAGCCCCCUCCAGAUGGUGGGAACAGCAGCGUCAGUGCAGGUGGAGGAGGCAACAGCGCGGCCGGGGCUCAGCCUAAUAACAACGUGAUGCUCCGUAGGGACCUCAAAGUGGAGCCUCACUACAUCGAAGUGCGGGGGAACGGCUCCCUGACAAAGACUUACUGCUACAAGACCUGUCUGACCGCCACCUCCGGCAGUGACACGUUCAUGUUCUACAACACCGGACGUCCCAUCAGUGGCACCUGGGGCAGCGGUGCUGACCGCUUCUUCACCAGUGGAAGUGGAUUUGUACGCAGACUGAGUAUGCCUGAUGCCUCGCUGCAACUCUGUCCAGAGCCAAAAGCUCCAAAUGCUGACUGGCGAUAUUCCGCAUCUCUGAGGGCAGGGAUGCAAAGUUCGGUCCACAUGGAGGAAGCCUCAAUGAUGCAGGGCGCCCAGGGGAUGCUUGUCCAGAACUGGCCCACUGUUUCCAGUGCUGCAGAUGGAGAGGGUGGUGGAGAGCUUUCACCCCCAGUUGGUGCUGGAGUCGACAGCAACAGCUGGCACUUCAGAUACGGUGCUGGACAAAGCUAUGGUCCCCCCCAGCCCCUAAGGCCUGGAGAGAUUCCCCCCGAAGCCUUCAUCAUCCCCGGUUCCCCAGCCAUCAUUUCUAUCCGCCAUGAUCAGGGCCCUGUGGAUGACAAGGGUGAAUUCAUAAGCUUUGGCAAAAAAGAUGAGGCCAAGAAGAAGAAAAAGAAGAAGAAGGACAAGAAGGACAAGAAGGAGAAAGGGAAGGAUGACGAGUAGAGGAGAAGGGGUGACUUAAAAACAGAGCUAGUAACAAACUAUCAUCCCAAUUUAAGAGCCCUGAAAAAUUAUCUAAAUGCUUAUGAGCCUCUUUGCACCAUAUUUGCAUAGACAUUGUACAGCGGCCAUACCCUCAUUAGACUAGGCCCCCUCACCAUGCAAGCCGAGUUUAUUGGCUCAUUUGGCCCUUAACUUUGGCCAAAGUUUAUGGAACACAAAUGUCCUUAGCAGAUAGACCUCAAAACAGCAAGCAAUUUAUUGGAUUUGAAUAGCCCUCCAGUGAUUCCUGCUUUGUAUACUGAGACACCUUUGUCAGCUGUCAAAGGUGAAUUAGUAAAAUGAAAUGGCCAUUUGUUUUUAGUGUUAUGGAGGCCGUGUGGUCUUUUAUAAGAAAAAGAACAAAAAAAUUAAAAAGUAACAACGUACAGUAUAUGUACCACGAGAUAAGCACCUUUAGGAGAACAAGGUGGCUGAGGUGAACAGGUGAACUAAGUUUUUCCCCAAGUUAAUGUAUAAAAAGAAGCGACUUUGCGACUGCUAGUUAAUUUGCAGUUAGCAAGUUCAACCGGCAGUGUAAAGUAAGGGGGGACUUUUAUGACUGUAGCUACAUUAAGAUUUAGGACGAGUAGAUAAUCCGCAGGAGCACUACGUUGCCGAUUGGUACGAACUUCUUUGAUUUCUGGUAGAUUCAAAUGAUGAUUGGUAAAAUUAAUCAAAAUUGGACACUUACGGGACCGUGUUUGCAUGUUUUUGUCAAUUUUCUACAAGUCAUGUUAAAGCUAGCAUCACUGCGAACUAUAUAUCAAAGCACAGCAUUGCGUUUUGGGGAAUCUCACACUUCCAGGCAGCAAUUGAAUCUCUAUGCACUACAACUAUAAAGUUAUAUUUGUUAUCACAUGAUGAUGUAGCUUGAGUGCAGCUGCAAUUACGAACUGCCCUUGAUUUAUAACGUUGGCAGAAUGAAACACGCAAACAUGGUGGACCGCUAGAUAAACAUAGAAGCAGUCAAGAGAGGUCAGGCAUGUGUAGAAAAUGGACACAAACAGACAAAAUCAAAAUAUAGACAAAAUAUGCUGUGUGAAGAAAUUAAUCCUGCUUUACUGUUAGUGAGUGCAAUUGUGUAACAUUGUAUCAUUUGCACCUGCUUUCUUGCUUGCUUACUUAGUUGUUACUCGAGGUUAUGUUGUAAAACUUACUUUUUUUGUGCUGCUGCUGCUGCUGCUGCUGCUGCUGCUGCUGCUUCUAUUUUUAUCAAAUGCACGCGUCAGGAUUAGUGGCUAACAAGGGAUAGAACAAGGGAACCUGCUUGCAGCUGAUGCGCCCGGCCCCUGACCUUGACUCUCCUCUCUUGGAAUAUGGCACAGGUCGACGGGGCCUUAAUCCCACACUGUGUAUCAGAACACCCAAUCUGACACACACGAUUGACACAAACAUCUUUGUACACAAAUAGGACUUCCUCUUACUCACACACACAAACACACAUACAUACAACGUGAACACACAAAGUGUCCCAAAAGAAUGCACACACUAAAUCUAGGAUUGAAGGCUAGCAACACCCUUAAUCUGGGAGUGUAUUAUAUGGCUAAAAUACAAGAACAUUGCUUUUUUUUUUUGCUUAAUUUCUGUUAAAGCCUGACCCCUCUUCUUCUCUACAUCUAUGAAUGUUAAAUAGUCAUUUUUUCAAGCUCUGCACCACAGCCUCCACUGCUUCAGUGCCAUCUCCUCCCUCUACUCCCAGUUUGUUGCCAUCGUCAAAAUGGUUGGGCAUCAUCCCCCUGAAAUCAGUCCCUCAGUGAACUGUGCAGUUGCGACACAGCAACUUUUGUGUAUUUGCCUAUAUAGUAAACACACACACACACAAACACACACACACACAUCUUUUGUUGUUUGGACCAAGCUUCAGCCAGAGUGUGUAUUUUUGAUUCCUUGUUGUUGACAGCUACGCCAUCUUUCACAUUGAUUCCUUUGUGUUUCACCUGACAAGUAAGCCAAAUCGCUGCUGGAUAGAAUGAGACAUGAUGAAGAGGGAGGAAGAACAGUCAGAAAACUCACAAAAAGGAUCAAAGAAAAUAAUAAUAACAGUCACGGUAGUUCUGCUGUUGCAUUGAAUUUGGCAAUUUAGACCUGCUUUUUUCAGGCCUAUUCAAGUCAUUCCUGUUUCUGUCGGCCAUUAGGGAGGCAGGUUCAAUGAAAACCACACACUUAAAGAAAGAAGGGCUGCACAAUAUUGGGAAAACAUGCAAUAUGCAAUAAUGUUGUUGUAAUGAUGAUACUACUUGGAAUAAAUAAAUACUUAAGUGGAAUGCCAUAAUACCACUGUUUGUGGUUUUGUUGCAUUCCUACUGAUACCAUUAUCAGUCUGAAAGUCUGAUAAAUUAAAAUUAAAAAAAUACCUUGUUAGCUGUUAAUUUCACUGAAUUUGAUCCAAAAAACAAAACUAGCGCCAAAUGUUCUAAAUAUUUUGCAGUCUUAAUAGAAAAUGUAGUGCAGCUCAGCAGCAGUGAGAAAGGGGGUGGGGUUGGGGAUUGACUUGGCAACGUGAUCUAUAUACAUACAGUAUAUGGUAUAAUCAAAGCUGCCAAGAUCAUAAACUAAACAUUAUUUUUGCUUAAUUACUGUAAAGUGCCAUGUCAAAAAGUAGCUGCAAUGGCCAAAUCAACUUUAUAGGCAGUGACAUGCCAAGAGCCAGAUCUGACAUAAGAGGCUUUGUGUGUUUUGAGACGUGUACAGCGACCAGUGGAUGGUGGAACAGCAUCAAAGUGUCAUGAAAUGCCACCGCGGUGUUUCUAUGGUUUUUUUUGGUCACAUUUGGGGGGUGUACAGGUGCUGCUGUCAGGCUCAGUCCCACCCAUGCACAUGUUCCUUUCCUCCUCCCUGUCCUUCAGGUGUACUUCUGUGCUGUCAGAUCAACAAGUGGCUGUUUGCAUGUUAUAAGCAAAGGAAACAUAUACUAUAUGGAUAAUAUAUAUAUAUAUAUAAAUAUACAUAGAUAUGUUUUUCCACCCGGGAAAUGCGUAAUGAAGUACAUAUACCUCUGAUACACAUUCUUAAAAGACGACACGCAUCGGACGACCAGACGAUCACUCGUACAAUAGUACUACGUGCAUACAAACAUAGCAAACGGUAAUAUGUGGAAAAACCUUAAAGAAUCCCACUUUUUUUAAUCCUGUUGAAAAACCAAUUUAAACUUCUAGAUAUACAGUACAUAAUGCUAUUGUGUUAUAAUGCUAAGAGAUGCCUUUGUUUUUAGCCUCCGUACUUUUGCAUUGUAAAAAGAAUCGACUCUUCAACUUGUGUUAUGCUUCGAGACCGCGCUCAAAAACCAACACUGUUGUGAAAUAAAACCAUUUCCUCACCCUCCAUAUCUAUUAUUUGCCCAGUAGAGAAAUAAAAAGCAUAAAAAAAAUAAAAAAUAGAUAAAAUGGUGUUAAAAAAUCAAGUUGAUGUAUCCUCUGCUUGUGUAUAGUGAAUGUUCUUCGGUCGUUGGAUGUGGCAUCAAGUGACACGUGCCAGUCGACUGAGACAGUGCAGACCUGUUAAUACGUUUUUUUGUACACCCUGUUCAUCAUUGUAAAAGGUGAUAAUAGUGAUUCUUUUGAUUUGAUCAAGCUGGUAAUGUGUUUUGUUUAUAAGUCACGAAUAAAGUUUUUCUUAAAUAUCUUA